CCGAUCUCUGAACUCUGAUCACGAGAGCAGCCCUGAGACGAGAGUGGGAGCACAAACACCGUCUUCCUCCCCAGCAGCCUCAUCGAUUCUUCAAUCGGAAACGUUCUAAUUCACUAACUCGGAAACAUUUGCAUCAGGAGGAACAACCUCGUGAAAUAAUGGUCAAAACAAAGAUAAAGAAAUCUAAACCAAAUAAGCACCCCAAUACUAAAAAGAACAGCAAGCAAUCUGACAUUUCAGAAUUCCGAGCUCAGCUUGAUGCAUUAGGUUUAAAAACUAUAGAAGUAACUGCAGAUGGGAAUUGCUUCUUCAGAGCUUUGGCAGAUCAGUUGGAGGGAGAUGAAGGCAAGCAUGAGAACUAUCGGAAAAUGGUUGUUCACUAUAUCAUGAAAAACCGUGAAAACUUUGAGCCUUUUAUUGAAGAUGAAGUGCCAUUUGAUGAAUACUGUCAAUCCAUGGAAAAAGAUGGCACAUGGGCUGGAAAUAUGGAGUUACAAGCUGCUUCUCUUGUUACUCACAGUAAUAUAUGCAUACACAGAAUAUCUUCACCUCGUUGGUAUAUAAAGAAUUUUGAUGACCAUAAUGCCCAAAUGAUCCAUUUGUCUUAUCAUGAUUUGGAGCAUUACAAUAGUGUGAGAUUAAAAGAAGACACAUGCAAUGGGCCAACAAGGCCAAUCAUAAUUAAGGCCGAUGCUGAUCUUUCAGUGAAGUCUCACUCCCAUCAACCCAAUGCUGCUCCUAAAACUAUCAUCCAGGCUGAGUCCAUUAAAACUGUCAAAGUUGGAAGUGGAUGUGAUAAUGAGGACAAAAUUCAACAGGUAUUGCUACAAGUAAAUGGAGAUGUGGAUGCUGCAAUAGAGAUUAUGAUAGCAGAUGAAGAGACUGAAGAAAACAUGGUUGAAAAUGAUAGAGUUGACUUUUCAAUGGACACUUCUCAUGAAUGUUCUAGUAGCAACCACCUUGAAAAGAUUGAAGACAAAAAUAUGAAGGAGAAAGAGACUUGGAGCAAUUUAGAAAGUGAAAACAAUAAGACCAACUCCUUGCAUGAUGAAAAGAAAAUACCUAGAAACAAGGCGUGCCCUUGUGGAUCAAAAAAGAAAUACAAGUCUUGUUGUGGUACAAUGGCUGCAAGAAAAUUGUCUACUGUUGCAGUAAACAAUACAAUUGAGAGAAAAGAUAAGAAGCAGGGGAAGAAAGGUAGAUCAGUUUCACAUGGUUCUGAUGGAGCUUCUCAUGACAUGGGUGCACUUUGUAUAUGACCAAUUUCCUUGAGGGUAUAAUCGUCAUUUUAGCGUAUGGGAUUGUUUGGAUUUUUGUUUUGUACAUAUAGGCUCCCCGAUAAUGGGAUAAUCAGUACAAUGAAAAGACCUUAGAUGGAUCAAAUUCUAUAUCAUCCAAAUAUUAAGACAAUUGGUUAUUAAUAGUAUAUAACUAGAGAAUGCACCUUGGAAACGAUUAUGGCA